AUGUCCGUCCUCCAGUUAGACGAGCUCGUCUCGUACCAGCUCCGGACGAGAUACCUCGACGAGAUCGCCGACGGGGUUGGCGAGCGACUCAUCACCGUCGACGAGAGCUUCCUCAACUCGGCCUCGUUCAAGGCCGCGGGCUGGCGGCCCGACACGUCGCACACGCGCACGCACGCCGCCCAUCCCCACCGCCAUCGCCUCCGAGUACUUCCAGGCGCCGCGACACAGCGCCGCCGCCGGGAGCAGAUGGAGGAGGACGACAGCAGCGACCUCAGCGAUGACAGCGAGGACGACAGCGAGCAGCGCGCCGCCCAGCAGAUCAAGUUCUCCAAGAUGCCCAUCAGGCCGCGCGCCGGCUCCUCGCCCAUCCAGGCCUCGCAGAUGAUGAAGCAGCAGACGUCGCCCCGCGAGCCGCGCCGCGGGUCCCAGUCGGCCCUCGAGACGGUCAGGGAGAGGCUGCGCCGCGACACCGUCACCAGCAGCGAGGUGUCGUCGGAGAACGAGCUCGACCUCCCUGCAGCCCACCGCCAUCGAGGCGGCCCGCGCGGCGCGCCAGGUCCCCGGUCGUCGCACACCCCGAGAAAGUUUACCAGACAGUCUACGAUUCGCAAGUCGUAUGCACCCACCAAGCCCAUGGUCCUCGAGGCCCUGCCGCCGCCACGCCCGCUCAGCACCAUCCGCCCGCUCAGCAUCGCUCAGCCCCAGAGCCUGCUGUCGGCGGCGCUCAAGGCCAAACGGCACAAGUCGUCGGUGCCCUUUCAGAAGUUUGCCCACUUCAGCGGGCAGGGCACGCAGGGCGCCAUCAACGUGCGCAUCUACGCGCCCUCUUCCAAGACGCCCAACAAGCCGUUUGAGGUGCUCAUCCGGCCGCGGGUGCACGACGGCCAGGGCGCCGAGCGCGUCGUCACCGUGGCCGACCUGAUUGGCCUCAGCCUGUACCGGUUCAACGAGGAGAAGCGCGAGCCGCCGAUCGCGCCGCAGAAGCGCAACAUCAACUGGUGGACGCUGCGGAUGGUGGAGGAGGGCGGCGAGGUCGACGACGACUUCCCCGCUGAGAGGACCAAGCAACUGGCUGCCUUUACUGUCAACAACGCCGGUGCCAGGGGCGGCGGGAGGCUGCGGUCCAACUCGACCGUCUACGACGACUUUGCCCUGGUGCCGGCAACGGAGGAGGAGUUUGAGGAGAACAAGUCGCUGACGCCGCAGGAGGACGAGGGCGGCGAGGAAGAGGAGGAGCCGCAGCCUGGCGAGGGCCGAGACGAUGGCGCCGUGCCCAAGCCGUCAAUCCCGCCGGCGGCUCCGGUGGCGGUGCCCAACACGACGCGCGGCCAGCAGAAGCUGCUGCGGAUCCACCUCAUGUCGGCGGACACGGCGCCGGGCCAGAUGGUGACGCUGGACGUGCUGACGGACACGUACCUGGCCGAGGUGCUGGACCUGGUGUGCCGUAAGAGGCAGCUGGACAAGGGCAACCACGUGCUGAAGCUGCCGGGGUCCGGGGCGGUGGUGAUGAUUGACCGGCCGGUGUCGUCGAUCGGCAACGUGUCGGACCUGGAGCUGUACCGGCGGCGGGCGUCGGGGCCGGGCUGCACGCUGGCGCGCGAGGCGGGCAAGCAGGACGAGGUGGGCAACGCGAACCUCAAGCGGUACACGGUGUGGCGCAAGCAGCCGAUGCGGCUGGGGGCAGGGGUGCACGAGGGCAAGUCGACGACGGUGCACUUUAGCAACGUGAUUGGGUGCAAGGUGCCGCGGAAGCACCCUGCCAACGUCAAGCUCGUCAUCUACAAGGCGACGGAGACGAAGCGGUACGACUUUGAGGCCCGGAGCGCCGACGAGGCGGCCGAGAUUGUGGCCGAGUUGACCAAGGGCUUCUCGCCGUACCGCGAUGUGUACUGA